AUGGUGAUCCCCGCAGAGCUGAUUCAGAAGGCUCUCAAACAACAGUCUGGCUGGGGCUUCACCGAGGGGCUGGUUCUGGGCCAACUGUCAGUCAUUAUCACAGUCAUUAUCAUUCUCAAGUUUGUCAUUUUUGCCGAGAACAAGAGCCCGAAAAAAGGUAAUGACAUGACCGCUGUGUCGGCCAAGGACAAGGAGGCCGAGCAUGUGGCCAUGGGUGGUCAGACAGCCAAUGGAGUCAAGACCAGUGGCGUAAGACGCAACAAGUCGUCCACCAACCUGCGAAACAGACUGGCUACGGGGGCUGCUGGGGCCUCUAUUUCGCGCCCUGGAAGCAGCCGGGUGUCCAUGGUGAGGUCUACUUCGGGAGCGGUACCUGUGUUGGGCCAAAAUGGAGGUGCUACACCGAGGGGUAUGGCAGGCAGCAGUGUUGCUGGUAGCACCUCCAACCUUGCCGUCCCAGUACCUACUACACCCACAAUUGCCGAGGGAAUCGAGCCGGAAAAUGACUCCACCCUUCAAGACGAUUCCGCUAUCAUCGAUCUCGAUCUCGAUCUCGAUCUAUCCCCUGUAGAUGAGAUUCUGCACAAGACCUGCUACCAGCUGUCGUCUCACGCGCCAGAGUCGCUCGACUGGUUCAACGUGUUGGUGGCCCAGAUUAUCACCCAGCUGCGGUUCGAUGCCAAGGCGAACAACAACCUGAAUCUGCUCAAUUCGCUCGAUGCAGCCUUCAACUCCAAACGUCCAGACUUCAUCGACAGAAUCAACGUGACGGAAAUCAACCUCGGCGACGAUUACCCCAUCUUGUCCAACUGCAAAAUCACCCACAAAGGCACAGGGCCCGCAGGAUCCGGAGCUGCGUCAGGAAACAACAUGCCCAACAAUGCCGAGUACGACGACUCGCGCUUGGAAGCUCAAAUGGAUAUCGAUCUUUCAGAUACAAUUACGCUGGGAAUUGAAACGAGACUGAAUCUCAACCAGCCCAAGAUCCUGUCGCCCUUUUUGUCGCUGUCGACUUCUCUGCCAGUUUCCCUUUCCGUCACUAUUGUCCGGUUCACAGCCCGUCUGAACAUCUCUCUUUACCAACAGAUCGAACAGACUGAAGAAGACGAAAAGGACAAGCGAGACACUAUUCUGUCCAUCAACUUUGAGCCGGAUUACAAGCUGCAGCUGUCGGUCAAGUCGCUGGUGGGGUCUCGUUCGCGUCUACAGAACGUGCCGACUCUGGAGUCACUGGUAGAUUCCAAGAUCCAGAAAUGGUUCCGAGAUCACUACGUCGAGCCUCAUCAAAUGAUCUUUAUUCUGCCCAGUCUCUGGCCGAGAAAGAAACGGUCUGCUACAGCGGGAGCAGCAGGGACAGCCACUGGAGCAGAUACGGCUUCUGGCUCGUCAUAA